AUGUCUAUUUCAAAUAUUGUAACACAUAUUUCUACUAAACAAUGCUCGUGCUGUGACAAAGUCAAACCAACUAAUGAAUUUAUAAAGCAAAAAGAAACUAAAAUACAAGAAUUUAGUAGAUGCAAUCACUGCACAGAAUAUGAAAGACAAAGUAAAAGAGAUAAAUGGCUCAAAACAAAGUCAUCUAGUAAAGAUAAUUCACUAUCUCUUUCUUCAAGUUAUGAAGAUAUUCCAUCCCUUUCUUUGAGUCAUAAAAAUAAACUAUUUCUUUCUUUGAGUCAUGAAAAUAUACUGUCUCUUACCUUGAAUCACAAAGAUACAUCAUCUUUUCUCUUGAAUCAAGAAGAUAUAUCAUCUUUUCCUUUGAGUCAUGAAGAUAUACUAUUCCUUCCUUUGAAUUAUGAAAAUACACCAUUAUUCUCCUUAAGUUAUGAAGACACGUCACCCAUUUCAUCGAAUAGAAUAAUGUCUUCUAAUUCUGAUA